AUCCUCUGCCAGUAUAAAUUAGCAUCAAUAUUGGCUUGCAUACAUACUUAAUACUAUUAGAAGCUUGCAUAAGCUCUUGAGUCCAGAGGCCACCAUGAAAGUUACUAUUAAAUACUUGCUGCUUGUGUUGUCUUGCUACUUUACAACUUUCCUCAUUUCAUGCAAGGGAAACCAGAUUGCCAAUCUCAACAGGUUGAUCGAAUCUCGCAAAUCUCCUCACCCUGAAUCAUGGGCUCUACUAAAUGAUCAAGAAGAUAGUCACAACUCUCCAGUGUAUGUAGGAUCCCAGAAAGGGAUGAUGCAAAGUGAUAAGAUCAACGCACUGCCGGGACAACCUGAAGGAGUGGAUUUUGACCAAUAUGCCGGCUAUGUAAUGGUAGACCCUAUAGCUGAUCGAGCGUUGUUCUAUUAUUUUGUGGAGUCACCACAAAAUUCUUCCGACAAGCCUCUCGUUUUAUGGUUAAAUGGAGGUCCAGGGUGUUCAUCGUUAGGAUAUGGAGCCAUGCUAGAACUUGGACCUUUCAGAGUAAACAAGGAUGGAAAAACGCUUUACAGAAAUGAAUAUGCAUGGAACAAGGUUGCAAAUGUGAUCUUUUUGGAAUCACCAGCAGGAGUUGGUUUUUCUUAUUCAAACGAUUCCUCUGAUUACACCAAAGUAGGUGACAAGAGAACAACAAAGGACUCGUAUGUUUUUCUCAUCAAUUGGCUUGAAAGAUUUCCGCAGUACAAAAGACGGGAUUUUUUUAUAACUGGUGAGAGCUAUGCUGGCCAUUAUGUUCCUCAACUUGCCUAUUAUAUUCUCUCAAGAAACAAGAACACCAACCAAACCGUCAUAAAUCUCAAAGGAAUCGCUAUUGGAAAUGCUUGGAUAGAUGAUGCCAUUUGUAUGAAGGGAAUGUUCGAUUAUUUAUGGACACACGCUCUCAACUCAGAUGAAACCAAUGAAGGAAUUAAUAAGUAUUGCAACUUUGUUAGUGAAGAUUCAGUUAGCAAGAAAGGAGAUGGAGAUGACAAUACGAUUCAAUGUGGAAAGUAUCUAAGUCAGGGAUUUAGAGAGAUGGGAUUCAUUGAUUUAUAUGAUAUUUAUGCCCCUCAAUGCAAUUUAUCGGCAAUAAAACCUGGCUCAAAUGGUAAUAUCAUGAACUUUGAUCCCUGCUCUGGCUUUCACGUCAAAUCGUACCUAAAUCUUGCCAAGGUACAAGCAGCCUUUCAUGCCAAAGCUACAAAAUGGUCAGGUUGCAGCGUUGGAUGGACAGACAGUCCGAUGUCAGUUCUUCCUGAAAUACGAAACUUAUCAAGAGAGAUUAGGGUCUGGAUAUACAGUGGUGAUACAGAUGGUCGAGUUCCUGUGACAUCCUCUAGGUAUGCCAUCAAGACCCUAGAACUUCCAGUAGAGACAGCAUGGCGACCUUGGUACUCUAAUAGUGAGGUGGGAGGAUAUGUCGUUGGCUACAAGGGAGUGGUUUUUACCACAGUUCGGGGAGCAGGACACACAGUUCCAAGCUACCAACCGGAGCGAGCACUUACAAUGAUCACAUCUUUCCUUCAUGGGAAACUGCCUCCCGACGUUUCUCCCUUUUAACAAACCCCAUUGAGAACCCCCUCCUAGUAAUCAUCUCAUACUCAAACUCCAUAAAUUUAUUGUCGACCUCACAUGCUUUCUCUAUAUAACUUUUCAUACAACGGGAAGUUGAACCAGUUCUCUGCUGAUAAAAUUAUUUUAAAAGCUGAAAGGAAUGUAUUGACAAAGUAUUAUUAUGCUUC